AAUACAUUACCCUAUGUGUAUGCAAAGACACAUAAGGGAGAUUUCCCCUCAUCUCUUUUACUAUUUCAUAUGGUAUCUAGAGCUUAGGUUCUAUUCCAGUCGUCUCCGGUACUCAUCACUGUCGCAACCGCCGCCGUAGCCGCCGUCGCCGUCGCCGCCAUCGUCGCCGGCACCGUCGCCAGAGUUUCAGAAUCGACCGGCGACCACUCCAUAUGGAUCGUCUCGGCCGGGCGACCACCGUGGUCCAAAGAUCGCGGUGAUCGGAGCUCUCACGCGCCUCCACACGCCGAUGCAAAGCUCGCAGAUCCGCCACUUCCCGCCGCGCAUGCCGGCGCGUCGCCGGAGGGUUCCGCCGCCGACCAGCACCGCCGUGAUCGCCUCCUCGCCCUCUUUCCGGAUCUGUUGUCGUUGCAUCAAUCGGAGCACUUUGGUUUUUUUUAGGGUUUCUCCCUCUCCAUGGNGUCUUCUUCGUCAACAACCACCUCCUCUGCUGGUGUCUCCUCGUCUGAUUCCCCAAUAUAUACUAAUUUUGUGAAUGUUCACUUGUCCAUUGACAAGUUAGAUGGAACCAAUUAUGCAACAUGGGCAUCCGAGAUCAAACUUUGGUUAAAAAGUCAGGGGUAUGUAGAUCACCUCACUAAUAAUGUGACUAGUGUUNCCACAGAUGACGCUUCCCGCUGGAUGAAAAUUGAUGCCCAAUUAUGCAUCGUCAUGAAGUCCACCAUUCACUCCUCUUUGAAGCAAAUGUUUCGAUCCUAUGAAACAUGUUCAGAAGUAUGGGCACAAGCAAAACUAUUAUAUACAAAUGACACCCAGCGUCUUUAUGGUGUCUGUCAGGACCUAUUGAUUGUUAUUGGUCCGCGUAGUCCUGGUCCCAUGGCGGAGUAUUUGGGUAAAGUUCAUGCCCUCCUGCAUGACUUUAAUGAGCUAUUACCUCCUGCUUCCACUCCUGCUGAAGAACUAGAACAACGAUCAAAGUUCUUCAUGUUGUUGGCUUUAUACGGACUCUCUGAUGAUUCCUCCCAUGUUCGUGAUCAGAUUUUGGGUUUUCCUGUCAUACCCAACUUUACUUCUACUUGUUCUGCUCUUUUGCGUAUUCCGAGCAAACCAGUCGUUGAGACAUUUCAUAUUGAUGAUUCCUCGGCUAUGGCUGCCCAACGGGAUGAUCGAAGUCGGACUCGCAAGCCAGGUAGAGGACGACCAAAAUGUGACCACUGUGGCAAACUAGGCCACAGAAUUGAUAGAUGUUAUGUGCGCUUCAUGGACGUCCUCCUCGAUCUGUAGCAAUGGCGAAUUCUGGUCCACCACCUC